GGCCGCGGAGGGGAACUGCGGCCUAGGCGGCGACGAAGAAGCGCAUUCACUGGACUUGUAGGCGCGAACAGGUUCCGGCCAGACUACAGUGCCCACAAUGCACCGGGCGAGCGCGCGCCGCGGGGCUGCGGCCAAGGUCACUCAGAGCAGCCUUUGGCAGCAGCCACAAUUGCCUGCAGUGGGGAAGCAGCUACAGAGGAUAGCGGCACAGUCAUGCAGCUGAAGAAGAGUUUCCUGGGAGAAACAUCAGAAAAAAAAUUUACUUUUCAGGAGAUAUGAUUGUAUUCCUGGAAAAAUCCAUGAAUAAGCUGCUAGAAUUAAUAAGAGAACUUUGCAGAUGAAUGAAAGUAAAGAAGUUAAUUUAUCAUUUUCCUCUGUCUAGGCAAUGUCUAGUUAGACUGGCGAUGGAAAAAAGUAGCCUAUUCGUAACAGCAACCAAAACUAAAAUCAAAGAAACAAAUAAAACAAAAAACAGGGAGGCAGGCACAGGAUCCAUAGGAACAAAAUUAUGAAAUUUUGUUAAAGGACAUAAACCAAAAUCUUGGUAAAAAAAGACUCCAUGUUCCUGGAUAGGAGGACUUGAUACAGAAAAUUAUCACUUCUUCUAAAAUUAAUAAUGCAAAUAUAAUCAGAAUCCCACUGUGGUUGGUUUUACCCUCCUCUCUGCCUUGGAUGUAUGGGUAGUACUGGACAAGACUUUUUAAGAGUUCAUUUGUUGGAAAAUAACCAAGAAGAUUAUGAAAGUGAAAAAAAUUAAAGUGAGAUUUGCUUUACCAAAUGUUAAAACUCACUAUAAAGCUACUGUAAACAAGAAUAUGCUUUUGGCUCUCUAUUAAGCAAAGGGCAAAAACAGAAACAGACCCCAAUAAAGAGCAUGAUAUAUAACAAGAAGAGCAUUUCGGUUCAUUGGGGAAACGGUGCCAACACAGUUGAGUGUCCAGGGAAUAGGGGAACUGUGUAGCUAGUCCCCUGCAUUAAUGCAGGGGAAAAAAUUCUAGGCAGAAUUUAAAUGUAAAAAGUAAACAUGUUUAGAGAAAGAUUAGAAUAAAAGUUGUAUAACUUUGAGAAAAAAAUGCUUCCUAAGCAAUAUGGGAAACAAGCUACAAAGAAAAAAAUAGUCAUUUAAGUACAUACAUUUUUAAAUAAAAAUUAUAUAACAAAAGGCAUUUUAAUUAAAAAAAUAGGGAAAGUAUACAUGUAAUACUUAAGAUAGUAAAAGCCUAAUAUUCCUGAUAUAAAAAGAACUUCCACAAAUUGAUAAGAAAAAGACAAUCCCAUAGAAAAAUGGGCAAAAAAUAUAGUUACUAGUCUACAUGUUUUUCAGAUAAUGAUCAAACUCUCAUAACAGUCCUAUGAGAGGGUACCAUUAUUGUCCUCAUUUUACAAAUGGGGAAACUGAGGCACAAAGGUGAAAUAACUUGAGUAUAAAAUGGCAAAACCAGCUCUAGAAUUUAUAAACUUAACCACUAUUUCAUGCUGCCUCUAAGGAAAAGAAACUCAAAUGAACAAUAAGUGGAAAAAUAGGCUCAACCUCCCUAAUCAAAUAAAUGUACAUUAAGGCAAAUAUGAAAUACUGUUUUCAUAUUGGCAAAGAACAAAAAGAACAGAAACAUACAGUGUUAGGGAGAAUGUAAGGAAACAGGCAAUUUGAUCAUGUUUAACAAAAUUAAAAAUAUUUGUCACACUCUGUUCCCAAAAUCCAACUUUUGCUGCAGGAGACCACGAUACUUAAGGAUAUAACAGCAGGGAUAGUUAUUGCGGCUUUAUUUAAAGUGGCAAAAUCUAGAAACAGCCUGAAUUGGGAAUGCUUGAAUUAUAGUAUAUUCUAACUAUGGGAAAUUAUGUAAUAUUUUAUGCAAUUUAUAUGUAAUACAUAAAUUACAUAAUUAUAGGGCAAAUGAAAUAGUUCUAUUUUUAUUUCUUAGGAAUAUUGGAAUAUAUCUAUUUUUAGUUAUUAGAAUUAGGAAAGGAAUAUCCAUGAUAUAUUGGUAAGUGAGGAUCAAACAAUAAUCUGUGCCGUGGCAGCAUGUUCCCAUUUGGGUAAACAAAAUCCUUUUGGUGUAUUAUAUGUACUUCAGUAUGAGCAUAUGUAUGGAAGGAUUUAUACCAGACUGUUAACACUGGUAACUCAAGAAAGGGUGGCAGUUGAAUUGGGGGUGGGGACGGGAGGACACAAACAUAUUAUAACCAUGAGCUAAGAUGAUAGAAAACUAUAACCAAUUUUAUGUUUUCCUAAUGGCCCAAAUCUAGAAAAUAAUUUGUCAGUGUGCCUGUGUUACUGUGGGCACCUUGAGAGUUGUGUUCUUUGAGUACUGUAUUAAAUUAUCAAAGUUUGAUAGCUGUGGUCUUUAAGAGUAUCCAUUCCUCUUUAUUUAGAGAGCACUGCACAGUCAGUUAAUAGUAUUUUAUUUCCUAUGAGGCCUUUCUUAUAGGCAAAAAGACGUGCUGCCUUGUGGCAGCAGUUUAGAUUUUCAGUUUAAAUUUGUAAAUUGAGGUUCUGUCUUAUAAACUAGUCUCUUGUGAACUUGAUUAAUGAAUCACUCCCCCUUUAAGACACCUCAGCAAUCCCUUAUUUUAUCCUCUUUCAUAUUUCACACCCAUUUUUUUUUUACUCUCAGCAGGUAGCCUCACUUCAUGCAGCACAAAGAAAAGUAAAAGCCACAAAGUUCAGUAUCCUUCCUCACCACCUAAGACUAUUUACAAUAUGAGUCCUCCUCAGAACUCCUGAGAGCAGGAGGCACAUCUGGGCCACUUCUAGCUUUUGAAGUUUUGGGCAUCUUCAAAUCUGGUAAUGAGGAAAUUAUUUAUAAACACUAUGGUUUGUUUGUUAAUUUUAAAUAGAGCAUUUACAUGAUUAAAAGUCACAAUGCAUUUAAGAGUAUCCAUUGAAAAAUCUGCCUCCAAUACCUAUCUGCAGCCACCUAGUUCCCCUUUCUAUUGACAGCUGCUGUGACCAGUGGCUGUGUAUCUGUGUAUCCUUCCUGAAAUAUUCCAGCAUGUAAAGGUGUGUUUACUUAUAUAUAAAACAGAAAUGGCAUCAUAGGAUACACAUGCUUUUGCACCUUAUUUUCCUUAAGAUAUCUUGAGGACAGACCCACAUUUGUACAGCAGCAAAAUAUUUUAUUACAUGAUGCACCAUAAUUUACUUCACUUGUCCCUGAAGGGGAGCAGAAUUGUGUGUCCCCAAAAUAUGCUACUUUGGCAUGUGGAUUGUCUUGAGCUAAGGGCAAUCAAGAUGCCACAAAACUCAAGAAAAACUUGUAACUCUCCCUUCAUUAUCUAAAAAAAUGUAGAUGGGGGCCUGGCCCAGAGAGAGCUAUUACCAGAGAAAACUUUUGUCUCAGCGACCUUUCUCUACGACAGGGGAAACAUCUAAUUACCAAACAUCUGCUCCUCUUAUUGGCCUAUGAAUUACUGUCCUUACCCUUUGAAGCCCUAAGCCUGCAUCCCAUUCCUUAAACUUAAGUUGAGACAUACAAGCCUCAGCUAUCCAAGCUUGCUCUUUGGUCUCAUGCUUUUAUGGGACUCAUGUAGAUACAAAAUUAAAUUUGCUUUUCUCCUGUUACUCUGUCUUAUAUCAAUUUUAUUUGACCAGCCAAAACAACCUAGAAGGGUAGAGGAGAAAAUUUUCCUCCACUACAUCCCCUUUUUGAUCUGAACCUUUCACUGUCACAGUGUUGCAGUGAAUAACCUCGAACAUAUCAUCAUUACACACACUUAAUUCCAAAUACGAAAUUAUACCUGUAGGAUAAAUUCCUGUACAGGCAUACUUCAGAGAGGUUGUGGGUUCAGUUCCUGACCACCGCAGUAAAGCAAAUAGCUCAAUAAAGCCAGUUCCCAAAUGUUUUGGUCUCCCAAUGCAUACAAAAGUUAUGUUUACACUAUAUUGUUGUCUGUUAAGUGUGCAAUAGCGUUAAGUGUAGAAAAACAACAUACACAUCUUAAUCUAGAAAAAUGCCAUUGGAAAAAUGGUGCUGAUAGACUUGGUCCACAGAGUUGCCACAAACCUUCAAUUUGUAAAAAAAAAAAAAAAAAAAAAAAAAAGCAAUUAUCUGCAAAGUGCAGUAAAACAAAGUAUAAUAAAACUUCCAGCCCCGCCCCCUGGCUCCUGGGAGUGUGGCAGACUGGAGAGGGCAAGAAAGAGCCUUGCGCCCCUCCCCCAUACUCUGCCCUGUGCAUCUCUUUCGUUUGGCUAUUCUUGAGUUGUAAUCCUUUAUAAUAAACUGUGAAACGUAUGUGUUUUUCUGAGCUCUGAGUCAAAUUAUCAAACCCGAGGGGGAAGGGUUCAUGAGAAUCCCCAAAUUUGUAGCCUGCUGGUCAGGAGUAGGUAGCUUAAGCACCCCAUUUAAGGCUGGUGUCUAAAGUCAGGGCAGCCUCGUGGGACUGAGUCUUUAACCUGUGGGGUCUAUGCUAACUCCAGGUAAUUAGUGUCAGAAUUGAAUUGAAUCGUUGGACCCCCAGCUGGGGUUGUAGAAUCAGAGGCUUUGGAGAUGAUGUUAAGCCAUUCUAGUAGCACAUUGGAUAGUCCCUCUCCUUCUCUCAAAGGUAAAAAGUUCUAUUUCCACCAUCAGUGAGGGCUCCAUGUAUGAUUGCUCCCCGGACCAUCUAAGAGUUUGGAGUCUCAGGGAGAUUAAUACGUCAGCUGAACACAUCUUCACACUGAUUUUCUUUGUAUAUUUGUUCACAGUUUUAUUUAAAGAGGAGAUGAGACCUGGAGCAAGCCAGGUUCUGCUUGCACGCCUCAGUCAGCAAAACAAGCCUGCUGGCAUCGUGGCUCACUCUCAGAAGGCAGCCUAUAUAGUUCAGACCCCCGAGAAUAUGUCUCCAACUGCUGCUACAGAGGCUUAUUCAAAAGCUUUGGCUGUUUGCCAUGGACCAUUGGACCACUAUGACUUUCUGAUCAGAGCUCAUGAGCUAAAUGAUGAUGAACAUCAAAGAAGAGUCAUACAGUGUUUGCAGAAAUUACAUGAGGACCUUAAAGGAUACAGUAUAGAGGCAGAAGGCCUUUUUUCAAAGCUUUUUUCAAGGAGAAAACCUCCAAGGGGCCUGUAUGUUUAUGGAGAUGUUGGUACAGGGAAAACAAUGGUGAUGGACAUGUUUUAUGCUUAUGUGGAAAUAAAGAGGAAAAAACGGGUUCAUUUUCAUGGUUUCAUGCUAGAUGUUCACGAAAGAAUACACCGCCUUAAACAGAGUUUGCCAAGAAGGAAACCAGGAUUCAUGGUUAAAUCAUACGAUCCAGUAGCUCCCAUAGCUGAAGAAAUCAGUGAAGAAGCUUGUCUCUUAUGUUUCGAUGAAUUUCAGGUCACUGACAUUGCUGAUGCCAUGAUUCUGAAACAGCUUUUUGAAAAUCUGUUCAAAAAUGGGGUCGUCGUUGUGGCAACAUCCAACAGGCCACCGGAAGAUCUCUAUAAAAAUGGACUCCAAAGAGCUAACUUUGUACCAUUCAUAGCUGUCCUGAAGGAAUACUGUAAUACAGUCCAGCUAGAUUCUGGGAUAGAUUAUCGGAAGAGAGAACUUCCUGCUGCAGGAAAGCUCUACUACCUCACAAGUGAAGCUGAUGUGGAGGCUGUCAUGGAUAAGUUGUUUGAUGAGCUGGCUCAGAAACAAAAUGAUUUAACUAGACCAAGGAUUCUAAAAGUGCAAGGCAGAGAGCUGCGGCUGAAUAAAGCCUGUGGAACCAUUGCCGACUGCACAUUUGAAGAGCUAUGUGAGAGACCACUUGGAGCCAGUGACUAUUUGGAACUGUCAAAGAAUUUUGAUACAGUAUUUUUACGAAACAUUCCACAGUUUACCCUGGCGAAGAGGACUCAAGCCCGGAGAUUCAUAACUCUCAUUGAUAACUUUUAUGAUUUCAAGGUGCGCGUAAUUUGCUCUGCAUUGACUCCUAUAUCAAGCUUAUUUUUGCAUCAACAUCAUGACAGUGAGUUGGAGCAAAGCAGAAUACUGAUGGAUGAUUUGGGGCUGAGCCAGGACUCAGCGGAAGGACUCUCAAUGUUUACUGGAGAAGAGGAAAUCUUUGCAUUUCAGCGCACAGUUUCCCGGCUCACAGAAAUGCAGACUGAACAGUACUGGAAUGAAGGAGACCGAAGCAAGAAGUAACCGACACUGUUGCAUGAAUAAAACUCUGGGCAAAUGAUUAUCGCAGGGAGAACUUUUUAUUAUGGGACUUGCAGGAAUCAUUUUUCUCAUCAUUAAUUAUGCACUUUGUCCUUUGGACCAUUUUUAUCUGAAACUGCUGUUGAAGAUGUAGUGGAUUAGUAAGUUAAAGCUAUUCUUAGGUGUACAUUUUGCCUAUUUAUUUGGCCUUAUUUCUGCACCACAAAAUUAAAAUCAGCACCCUGAAGGUGAAUGUAGGACCAGAUAUUUUGGCUUCUUAUUAAGCCACCUGAAUGAACCUUGAAUACACACACACUCGGUAAAUGCAGGAUGCCUGGACAUCUCUGAGCUUUGGCUACAUGGUAGCCCUACGAUAGAAACAUCUUUUAUAAGACAGGAGAAAAGAAAACCCAAAUUUCACUUCAAAAUAAAGAAAGCCUUCUGGUCUUACUUUAAACUAAAGUCAGUAACAUUUUAGAAUGUGGACUUCUCCGUGUGAUUGUAGGGGGCUAUAAAUCAUACUGAAUCUCCUAGGCCUUCAGACUUCCUUAGACAGGGAGUAUGUUUUUCACCCUGAGUUCAAGCUUGGCAGGCGGGACCUGAUCUCCAGUGGACACAGAGUUGCCUGAAAAAAAUCAAGGAUUAUGACACCAUAGAAUAAGGAGCAAGGGUGUCAAAUUCCAACUGACAGGCAGAUUCCCCAACUCUGACAGCCAGAAGGACAGACACCAGGAAUUGGGGACCAGUGAGAGAGUGUCAGGAGGGGCAGAGUCCUGGACACACCAGGCUACAAAGUGGACUCCUGCUCCCCUGAGGCUACAGGACCAUGGGGACCUCGGCUCCUCCCCGCUGCUCAUAUGCAUCUUCCUCUGGUCGCAGGAUGCUGCUCCUACCCCUGCCUCUGCUGCUGUGGUGCAAUGGGCCUGAUAGUAAAAAGGAAAGACCACUUGACGAACCUACUUAAAUAAAAUCUGAUUUGUCCUCCUUUGA